AUGGAUCACGACUCAGUCGAACGUCAGCCGUCCAACGCUGAUUUGAUUACUGGUCAACAGCGGCGCAAGAGUGUGGCCAACAAAGGCUUGACGGGUGCUUCGGCACUUACUGUCCGACAGUCUAUCUUUCCCAUCACCCUAGUCACAUUGCUCUUUUUCCUCUGGGGCUUUGCAUAUGGUCUGCUCGAUGUGUUGAAUGCCAAGUUUCAAACAUCCCUCAACAUUACAGCCGCGAAGGCAGGAGGCCUCCAGGGAUCCUACUUUGGAGCAUAUUUUAUUGGGCCUCUGACAUAUUCUGGCUGGAUUGUCCGUCGAUUUGGCUAUCGUUGGACCUUUAUCACCGGUCUGUGCAUCUACGGUGUCGGUGCCUUGAUGUUCUGGCCCUCGGCAGUCUAUAAAUCCUUUGGCGGGUUCUGUGGCUCUUUGUUCAUCGUAGGGUCCGGGCUGUCGACGCUGGAAACGUCUGCCAACCCAUUCAUCGCGACUUGCGGACCCCCGAGAUUGUCAGAGUUCCGCCUUGAGCUCUCACAGUCGUUCCAGGCUGUCGGAUCUGUUGUGGCCCCUCUUCUGGCUUCGCGUGUCUUCUUCAAGGACACGCAGUCUACCGACCUCUCCCACGUCCAAUGGACCUACGUAGGCAUCGCAGCCUUUGUCUUCUGCCUAGCGGUUGUCUUCUUCUUCAGCCCUCUCCCAGAGGUCACGGACGCCGACAUGGCUCUUCAGGCGGAGCAAUGCUCUGACUUGACCGGAUACGAAGAAAAGCCCCUCUCGAAGCAAUACAAGCUCUUCUUCGGAGUCGCCGCGCAGUUUACAUACGUCGGCGCACAGGUUGCGGUUGCCUCUCAAUUCAUCAGAUACGCCGAGGAAUCGGCCGGACUCUCGAGCGCCAGCGCUUCUGACCGAUAUGCCAUCGGUCAAGCACUCUUUGCGAUUGGGCGGUUUGCUGCAGCCGGAUUGUUCAUGUUCGUCAAGCCCCGCCUGGUUCUCAUGCUGUUCAUGACCAUGAUCAUGGUUUUCAUUGCAUUGGCGAUUGGUAUCUCGGGAGAAGCCGGUGUGGCCUUCCUCUCCCUUGUGUUGUUCUUCGAGUCCUGUAUCUUCCCUACCAUCUUCACUCUCUCCAUCCGUGGAUUAGGGCGACACACCAAGAGGGGGUCCUCAUGGAUUGUGGCCAGCGUUUCGGGUGGUGCCUUGUUUCCUGCGCUCACUGGCCUCGCGGCCGACCACAUGUCCUAUCACAAGGCCAUGUGCGUUCCCUUGGUCGGGUUCUUUGUCAGCUUUGUGUUCCCUAUCUACUUGAACACGGUCUGCAAGAGAGAGUUGGACGGUUUCCGCGAAAGCAAGAUUGGCUACGUUGAUGAGCGACGAGGAACCAUCAUUGGCGACAUCAAUGAUCUCGAGGCAUUCGAGGUUAUGGAGAAAAGAGGGUCCGUGAAUGUUGAGAAGGUGUGA